AUAGAAUAGAACAUGAAAGAAAAGGAAUGGCUGUCUUGUCUUCUCGCUUAAGAUAGAUCAGAAUCUUAACGACAAACCGUUCUAUGGUUGCAACCUUAACAAUGUUUUCUCUCCAAAACAACCUCUUUCACUCGCCAUUGUUAACUACACACUCCUCAACAAAGAUCCUUCCUCCCACCACCACUGUUUCAGCUACUGUCACUAGACGAAGAGCCACAGUGUUUACUUCAAGCCUUGUACUUGCUUCCUGGCUUAACUUCUUCAAUUUCAAUUCAACACAAUCACUUUCACUUUCAAAGCAGCUUCAAGAUGAACUUCAACAACAAGAAGAUCACCUUGUGGAUUUGUUUCAGGAAACUUCACCAUCAGUUGUUUCUAUUAAAGACAUUGAAUUGACUAAAGUCCCCAAGACCGCUUCUAAUGAAGUAGUGCUAGACGAGAAUGAAGAUGCAAAAGUGGAAGGCACUGGUUCAGGCUUCAUCUGGGAUAAAUUUGGUCACAUAGUUACCAACUACCAUGUUGUAGCUAAACUAGCUACCGAUACAAGUGGUUUACAACGUUGUAAGGUAUUCCUAGUUGAUGCCAAAGGGAAUAGCUUUUCUAGGGAAGGGAAAAUAAUUGGUUUUGAUCCAUCAUAUGAUCUAGCUGUUCUGAAGGUUGAUGUUGAUGAAUACGAAAUAAAGCCUGUUCUUCUCGGUGAAUCUAAGAAUUUACUUGUUGGGCAGAGUUGCUUUGCCAUUGGGAAUCCUUAUGGAUAUGAGAAUACUCUCACAACAGGGGUGGUCAGUGGUUUAGGCCGUGAGAUACCUUCCCCAAAUGGAGGGGCUAUCAGAGGAGCCAUUCAAACUGAUGCAGCUAUUAAUGCAGGAAAUUCAGGUGGACCAUUGAUUGACUCUCAUGGCCAUGUUGUUGGAGUAAACACAGCCACUUUCACAAGGAAAGGAACUGGAGCUUCAUCAGGUGUUAACUUUGCAAUUCCCAUUGACACUGUAAUCAGAAGUGUACCAUACCUUAUUGUAUAUGGAACACCUUAUAGUAAUAGGUUUUGACUGUGCAUGUAAUCAACUAUUUUUGUUGAAUGCUUUAGAAAAAAACUAUGGAGAUAAAUACUAUAUUUAUCCUAUGUUGUUUUGUUUGUGUUUAUUACAUGAUACUUACCUUUUGCAAA